AUGCCUAAAACACUCGAUGAAAAGGGUUCAGGGGGCCAAAGCGGACCCGAGGGUUCAGGGGGUCAAGGUGGAUCCGAGGGCUCAGGGUGCCAAGGUGGAUCCGAGGGUUCAGGGGGCCAAGGCGGACCCAAGGAUUCAGGGGGCCAAGGCAGACCCGAGGGUUCAGAGGGCAAAGGUGGAUCCGAGGGUUCAGGGGGCCAAGGCGGACCCAAGGAUUCAGGGGGCCAAGGCAGACCCGAGGGUUCAGAGGGCCAAGGUGGAUCCGAGGGUUCAGGGGGCCAAGGCGGACCCAAAGGGGAUCAGGGGCCAAGGCGGACCCGAGGGUUCAGAGGGCCAAGGUGGAUCCGAGGGUUCAGGGGGCCAAGGCGGACCCAAAGGGGAUCAGGGGGCCAAGGCGGACCCGAGGGUUCAGGGGGCCAAGGUGGAUCCGAGGGUUCAGGGGGCCAAGGCGGACCCGAGGGUUCAGGGGGCCAAGGCAGACCCGAGGGUUCAGAGGGCCAAGGUGGAUCCGAGGGUUCAGGGGGCCAAGGCGGACCCAAAGGGGAUCAGGGGGCCAAGGCGGACCCGAGGGUUCAGGGGGCCAAGGCGGAUCCGAGGGUUCAGGGGACCAAAGCGGACCUGAGGGUUCAGGGGGUCAAGGUGGAUCCGAGGGUUCAGGGGGCCAAGGCCGACCCAAAGGGGAUCAGGGGGCCAAGGCGGCCCGAGGGUUCAGGAGGCCAAGGUGGAUCCGAGGGUUCAGGGGGCCAAUGUGGACCCGAGGGUUCAGGGGACAAAGGCGGAUCUGAGGGUUCAGGGGGCCAAGGCAGACCCGAGGGUUCAGGGGACCAAAGCGGACCUGAGGGUUCAGGGGUCAAGGUGGAUCCGAGGGUUCAGGGGGCCAAUGUGGACCCGAGGGUUCAGGGGACAAAGGCGGAUCUGAGGGUUCAGGGGGCCAAGGCAGACCCGAGGGUUCAUGGGGCCAAGGCGGAUCCCAGGGUUCAGGGGGCCAAGGCAGACCCGAGGAUUCAUUGGGCCAAGGCAGACCCGAGGGUUCAAGGGGCCAAGGCAGAUCCGUGUGUUCAGGGGGCCAAGGCAGACCCGAGGGUUCAGGGGUCCAAGGCGGAUCCGAGGGUUCAGGGGGCCAAGGCGGACCCGAGGAUUCAGGGGGCCAAGGCGGACCCGACGGUGCAGGGGUCCAAGGCGGACCCGAGGAUUCAGGGGGCAAAGGCAGAUCUGAGGGUUCAGGGGGCCAAGGCAGACCCGCGGGUUCAGGGGGCCAAGGCAGACCCGAGGGUUCAAGGGGCCAAGGCAGACCCGAGGGUUCAAGGGGCCAAGGCGGACCCCAUGGUUCAGGAGGCCAAGGCAGACCCGAGGGUUCAAGGGGCAAGACCCGAGGGUUCAAGGGGCCAAGGCAGACCCGAGGGUUCAGGGGACAAAGGCGGAUCUGAGGGUUCAGGGGCCAAGGCAGACCCGAGGGUUCAUGGGGCCAAGGCGGAUCCCAGGGUUCAGGGGGCCAAGGCAGACCCGAGGAUUCAUUGGGCCAAGGCAGACCCGAGGGUUCAAGGGGCCAAGGCAGAUCCGUGUGUUCAGGGGGCCAAGGCAGACCCGAAGGUUCAGGGGUCCAAGGCGGAUCCGAGGGUUCAGGGGGCCAAGGCAGACCCAAGGAUUCAGGGGCCAAGGCGGACCCGACGGUGCAGGGGUCCAAGGCGGACCCGAGGAUUCAGGGGGGCAAAGGCAGAUCUGAGGGUUCAGGGGGCCAAGGCAGACCCGCGGGUUCAGGGGGCCAAGGCAGACCCGAGGGUUCAAGGGGCCAAGGCGGACCCCAUGGUUCAGGAGGCCAAGGCAGACCCGAGGGUUCAAGGGGCCAAGGUGGAUCCCAUGGUUCAGGAGGCCAAGGCAGACCCGAGGAUUCAGUGGGCCAAGGCAGACCCGAGGGUUCAAGGGGCCAAGGCAGACCCGAGGGUUCAGGGGGCCAAGGAGGAUCCGAGGGUUCAGUGGGCCAAGGCGGAUCCCAGGGUUCAGGAGGCCAAGGCGGACCCGAGGAUUCAGUGGGCCAAGGCAGACCCGAGGGUUCAAGGGGCCAAAGAGGAUCCGAGGGUUCAGAGGGCCAAGACGGACCCGAGGGUUCAGGGGGCCAAGGCGAGGCGAGGAUUCAGGGGGCCAAGGCGAGGCGAGGAUUCAGGGGCCAAGGCGGACCCGGGGGUUCAGGGGGCCAAGGCAGACCCGAGGGUUCAGGGGCCAAGGCGGACCUGA